UGAAUUACCACACAGUGAACACACCUGUGUACCCACCACCUGGAUCUGACACCCAGAAGCUGGCAGGCCUCCCCCAAUUACCAUGCUCUUCAUCUCUCCAAAGGUUCCCUGUCUGCAUUUCUCCACAGAUCGUACGCUUGUUGGCCCUUGUGCCUGGCUUCACGCUAUAUCACUUCUGAGAGUCAUUCAUGUUGCCUGUAGCAGUGGGUCAUUCUUUUUAUGCUGCGCAGUGUCAACUGUAGGAACCUGCCACCAUUUAUGCCCAUGCUGUGGGGCUGCUCCCCGCCUGGGGCUGUCAUCCACGGCCUUUACAAGCAUUCCUGGUGAAGCGGAGUCACAGGCAUCUGGCCCAAUCUGUUCAAAUCAUUCUAAAUGUUGGCAUCUGUUAUGUUCUGGUGCCCCAGGCCACAUCUGGAUCACCCCGAACACCUGUUGCUGUCCCCUGAGAGUCCUUUAGCUUAGAAGUCUUGGUUUUCCGACCAGACCCUCAGUCCCCCAACCCCAGAGUGGUUCCCAGGAUCCCAGACCACCAGCUCUCCUAUCUUCCAGGCUAGACUCGACCUCUUGUGCUCAGAGUGUCAUGUGGGCCCCUGGCCUGUGGGCCCACCCUGUCCGUGGCUUCAUCCUGCAGCCUGGCCAUUGCAGACACACUUGCUCUGCCCCUCUGUGGUACAGCCUCUUCCCCCAUGGCCAUCUCCACUUGGAGACCUCCUGUGCAUCUCCCAGGGCUGGCUGCUGGCGGGAUGGACACGCUGGAGGAGGCGACUUGGGCCAAUGGGAGCACAGCGCUACCCCCACCCCUGGCACCAAACAUCAGUGUGCCUCAUCGCUGCCUGCUGCUGCUCUACGAAGACAUUGGCACCUCCAGGGUCCGGUACUGGGACCUCUUGCUGCUCAUCCCCAAUGUGCUCUUCCUCAUCUUCCUGCUCUGGAAGCUUCCAUCUGCUCGGGCGAAGAUCCGCAUCACCUCCAGCCCCAUUUUUAUCACCUUCUACAUCCUGGCCACCUGGAGAGCAAGUCCAGCAUCAAGCGGGUGCUGGCCAUCACCACAGUGCUGUCCCUGGCCUACUCUGUCACCCAGGGGACCCUGGAGAUCCUGUACCCUGAUGCCCAUCUCUCAGCUGAGGACUUUAAUAUCUAUGGCCAUGGGGGCCGCCAGUUCUGGCUGGUCAGCUCCUGCUUCUUCUUCCUGGUCUACUCUCUGGUGGUCGUCCUUCCCAAGACCCCGCUGAAGGAGCGCAUCUCCCUGCCUUCUCGGAGGAGCUUCUACGUGUAUGCGGGCAUCCUGGCACUGCUCAACCUACUGCAGGGGCUGGGGAGUGUGCUGCUGUGCUUCGACAUCAUUGAGGGGCUCUGCUGUGUAGAUGCCACAACCUUCCUGUACUUCAGCUUCUUCGCUCCGCUCAUCUACGUGGCUUUCCUCCGGGGCUUCUUCGGCUCGGAGCCCAAGAUCCUCUUCUCCUACAAAUGCCAAGUGGACGAGACAGAGGAGCCAGAUGUACACCUACCCCAGCCCUACGCUGUGGCCCGGCGGGAGGGCCUGGAGGCUGCAGGGGCUGCUGGGGCCUCAGCUGCCAGCUACUCGAGCACGCAGUUUGACUCUGCUGGGGGGGUGGCCUACCUGGAUGACAUCGCUUCUAUGCCCUGCCACACUGGCAGCAUCAACAGCACAGACAGCGAGCGCUGGAAGGCCAUCAAUGCCUGAGAGCGGCUGCCAGGGCCUGUGGAGGACAGGCCAGAGAGGAGGCCAGCGGGCCCAGAGUUCCCGGGGGAGGAGGACCAAGUCAAGGGACCUUCUGCGGGCGAAAGCCUUGUGUGGCCCUGUUCCCACCGUGAGUCUGGAGGCCCCACCUCCCUGGGGCUCCCAAUCCCCUUCGCCAUCUCUGCUGUCACUGGGGACCCUCCUCCCCUUCCCACCUGUUCUCAUACUGCUCAGUGACAUGGCUCAGGCUUUCCUUCCAGGGCCAUGCUUGGCAAGGUUGGCUGAGGGCACCCUCCUUCUCUGCACCCUUGGCACGAGGGCAGGGCUGGCUCUCCCAAUGCCUCCAUGCCAUCCCCAUGGUGCUUUGGCCUCCUCAAAGCAUCCACCAUGGUGGAUGGACUGAAGUGUGUAUAUUUUCUUGAUCUAUUUUUUAAUAAAAAGAAAGGAGCAGAA